GAUGCUGCAGUUAGUUGCUGCAGUUACUCAAUCCCCCCAUUUUCUUGGCUUACCUUUUACUUGUUACGUCCCUCCGUCCUCCAAUCAAUUGUUGAAUUUCUUCGGACCCCUGGUGAUCCCAUACCCGAUCCAGUAUGGCGGCAACGAGUGGACGACUCUUGGGAGCCAAGAUUUGGAGCUCAAGCUGGGCCAAAAUGGUUCAGUGCGCCUCCUCACCCGUACCCCUGAUGCCCACGUCCACCACUGCCACCACCAUUUCCAGGUCGGUGCAUCAGAGUGCGGCGGUGAGUGCUCAACAUUGGUAUCCGGAUCGAGAGUAUUGCCUGAAGCGAGAGUCGGGCGUUUUGCUCAUACCGGAGGAUCCCCGGCAACCCUCGGGAUUUGUUACGGAUCCAUCGACAAUUCCACGCGUGUCCUUGACCGAUUUCCCCGAAGAUGCGCCCGAGAAAUUCAUCAAGAACAUGCAACUCAACUUUGGACCUCAACAUCCGGCCGCUCACGGCGUGUUGCGACUGGUCUUGCAAAUGGAUGGCGAGAUUGUGGCCCGGGCUGACCCGCAUAUUGGGUUAUUGCAUCGCGGCACUGAGAAACUCAUCGAAUACAAGACCUACUUGCAAGCCUUGCCCUAUUUUGACCGCUUGGACUAUGUGUCCAUGAUGUGUAACGAGCAAUGCUUCUCCUUGGCCAUCGAGAAGCUCUUGAACAUUGAUGUCCCUCUGCGGGCCAAGUAUAUUCGAGUCAUGUUUGCCGAACUUACUCGGAUCCUGAAUCACAUCAUGGGCAUCGGCACUCAUAUUCUGGAUGUGGGUGGCAUCACGCCUUUCUUUUGGCUUUUUGAAGAGCGCGAAAAAAUGAUGGAAUUCUAUGAGCGAGCUUCAGGGGCUCGCAUGCAUGCCGCCUACAUUCGACCCGGAGGUGUCCAUCAGGAUAUUCCAAUUGGGUUGCUCGAUGACAUCUACGAGUUCAUUUCCAAAUUUGGUCAACGCUUGGAUGAAGUGGAAGAUUUGAUUACGACUAACCGUCUGUGGGUGCAUCGCACUGAAAACAUUGGCGUCAUUUCCGCCGUAGACGCCUUGGAAUGGGGAUGUUCCGGUGUCAUGCUUCGAGGCUCGGGAAUUAAAUGGGAUUUGCGAAAGUCCCAGCCCUAUGAUGCGUAAGACUUGGUGGACUUUGAUGUUCCAAUCGGCCGAAACGGAGAUUGCUACGACAGGUACUUGGUCCGAAUGCGUGAAAUGCGAGAAUCGCUCCGGAUUGUUGAGCAAUGCCUCAACCAAAUGCCUGAGGGCGACGUUCGGACCGAUGAUGCCAAGUGUGUGCCUCCUUCCCGUGCCGAAAUGAAGACCUCCAUGGAAGCUCUCAUUCAUCACUUCAAAUUGUACACACAAGGAUUCACUGUCCCUGCUGGGAGCACUUACACGGCUAUUGAGGCGCCUAAAGGUGAAUUUGGAGUGUACUUAGUGUCGGACGGAUCCAGCAAACCUUAUCGUUGCAAGAUCAAGGCCCCAGGAUUUGCCCAUUUGGCCCUUAUGGAUCACAUUGGCAAAAAUCACUUCCUGGCUGAUAUUGUCGCAAUUAUUGGCACAUUGGACGUCGUGUUUGGGGAAAUUGAUCGAUGAAACAGAUGUUGUUACCCCCAUUGCUACAUAUAAGCACCCAACUAGCAACAGUCUUUUUUUUAUUCCUUAAAAUUCAAAAUCAAGCCGACUAAGAUGAGGAUCAAUAUAAAAAAUAAGAUCAGAAAACCAAGCACCAAAAAUACGAUCCCUAAGUAUUGCGAUGGUAUUCCCAAUACUGAGCCAUGGUGUGGAUGGCCUGAAAUCGAAGGCAAAUAUAUAAUAUUCGUUCUGUAUGACAACUAAUUUAAAAGAAAUGCAUUCUUUUCUUCUUACCCA